GUUUAGUAUAGCAUUGCUGAUCCUUUCUUAAAACAUGACCCCAUAGCAAUUUUAUAUAUUUAAUUGUUAAGAUGGAAAUAUAUGUACAGUUAAACCUUUAUAUCCGAACACCUGGCAAUACUUUGAAAUGAGAACACCUCCUAAUCCAAAUGCUUUUAGCCAGUCCCAAUGCAUGGUGUUUGAAUUGUAUGUUCUUGAUUUUAGGGAGUCCCUUUGAGUUUGAAGUACUUGACCCAGGAAGGGUUGUCUUUGUUGGGGAUGGCCUGCUUAGGGUCCCUAUUCACAAGCCUGCUUUUGUCACAAUUGACCCUCAAGGAACACAUGCUGCAGCACAGGCGUGUAUUGUUGAAGUUGUAGCUCCAUCAGAUAACACAUACAGAGCUGAUGUUUCCCCAACCCCUCAGAACAACAAAAUCAGGGCAGAGUUCACUCCCACUGAAGUGGGGCCACAUCUUAUAUCUGUGUGCUAUGGCGAUAUUGAAAUUCCAGGGAGUCCCUUUGCAUGUGAAGUUUAUGACAUCUCAAAAGUGAAGGUCGGGAAACUCACACAAGGGAUGGUUGGACGACCACAUGAAUUUGACAUUGAUACAAGAGAAGCUGGGGUUGGGGAUAUUGCAGUCUGUGUGAAAGCCAUAGACUUCAGAGUUGCACACAAGUUACAUAAUAAAGGAAAUGGUCUCUACAGAUGUCAUUUUGUACCAUCAACUCCAAUGAAGCAUACCAUCCACAUCACAUUCUCUAAACAGAGUAUACCAGGUUCGCCCUACAAAGUUGAUGUUCUAGAUAAUACGCCCUGCACUGCUAAUGGACCGGGCCUUCAAAAAUGUGCAAUAAAUAAGCCAAGUUAUUUCAAUAUUGAGCCCAAAGAAUCAGAUUUUGAAUCAGAUGUUGAAGUUACUAUUACAUCCCCUAACAAGCAGAAUGUCCCAUAUCAUAUCAAAGGAACCAAGAGAGGACCAUGGAGAGUAGAGUAUACUCCGGGUGAAGUAGGGGUAUAUACAAUCAACAUAAAAUAUGACAACAUCCCAAUAGCUGGGAGUGCAUUUAAGUGUAAUGUCUAUGACAUCAGUAAAGUUCGCAUCAUACGUGAUGUCAUGUCUGAGGGCCAGGAUAAAGAUGGUAUCCCAGGAGAGGAUAUUGUAUUCUUUGUUGAUGCCUCGGAUGCGGGAACAGGGAACUUGGAGGUCAUUGUGACAUGUGCGAAAGAUGGACAGAGGAUCCCAAACUACUUAGAGGCAGAGUCAGGAAAUCGCUCAAGUUUCCGUGUUUAUUUUACCCCCAAACCCAAUAUUUAUGCUUACAAUGUUAAUGUCUUCUUUAAUGAAGAUGAGAUUGAAGGUGCAUGAAAUGGUUUUGGGAAGCAGUUAAUAUAAUUGUGCAACUGAGAGGCCAGGUAUUAUUUGGUUACCAGCAUGUCAAGAAGGACGCAUGAAUAUUUACUACUAAGUUAGCAUUUUGAGACACCUAAAUAAGUAUAUAAUACUCUACAUUUAUACCCCUGAACACUUGUCAUAUAUUAGAUAUGUUUAAAUAAAGGUUUACGUUGGAGUACACUUGAUUGUUUGUUAAAUUAUUUAAACCCUGAAAUACACUAACAUCAUGAUAAGAGUAAUAUGAAUGUGAUAUGAGUGUGAAUGAUGACUGAAGUCUGCAAUGUGAUAAUAUAGUACCAUAAGCAUGACAGUAGCAUUUACCAUACAUUAGCCAUAAAAUACAGUCCAAUGGAUGUCCCCAAAAUUAGAUGGAAACUGCUUUUUUGGGGAUGUGCAAUGGACUGAAGUUAUUAAUUAAAAAAGCAUUAUUAUUGCAUUUUGUGUUUAUUUAAGACUAAACAUAAGAAGUUUCUGUGCAUGUAAUAGAAUAAUAAAUAUAGAAUAAUAGUAGUAGUUAUUCCAUAAAUUCAAGCAUGAAAUGAACUGUGUGUAUUUACC